AUGGGCUGCCGGUUGCUCCAUUCCACCUUAAUCAUUUGGCUACCCAACUGCAGCAAAACUAUCUUCUUACAACCCACAGAAACGCUGAAUCCAGUGCGCAUAGUUCAACGUCUCGAACUCUCAACCCGUGCAUCGGAUAUUGACGCGUUCGAACUCGGCAGUCCAAACCUUCUUAAGUUGAAGCAAAUGUGGACGUGCUCUAGUGUCGGCGUCUUCGAGCUUGGCUUGUAUCAAUUUUUGAUCACUCAAUGUGUAUGUUUUAGGACCGAGUCGAAAGUUGGCUUGCUCGCGUACAUUUAUCUAACUCUUUAUCGAGGAUGUCCACAAACGCGUUGUCCGUUCUGUGGUGCGUUCUACUCGGAGGGUCUGCAAGGAGAGACCUGUAAUGUGUGCUUGGUGACCGAGAUUGGAAAAGCCGCAUCAGGACUCAGAGAGUCCGCAGUGCAACUCACCGCUGUGUCAACGGUGAAGAUGAUGGGAAUUCCUUUCCUCGAAAGUGUCGCUCACCGAAUGCUCGUGAUCACGGAAGAACAUCAAGACAUUCUCGGCAGGGGAUAUGAAGAACAAGCGGAAGAACAUCUCGACAUUCGCGCAGCAGCCGUGGACACGAAUCAUUCCAAUGUU